UUCUACUUCUCCUCUCUCUCUUUUCUCCCUCUUUUGCGAGAACGAGAAACAAAAUGUCCAACAGUAGAAAAAAAAUGUCCAACAGUGGAAGCCUUGCUUCUCCGACUCCGAUGGCGGCCCUUACGGUUCUCCGAUGGCACGUCUUCCUCAGUUUCCGCGGAGAAGACACGCGCGACACCGUAACGUCUCGUCUCUACAGCUUUCUCAAAGAGAAACGCGUCCGUGUCUUUCUAGACAACGACGGGUUGGAUCGGGGGGACGAGAUCGCGCCGUGUCUUUUGGAGGCCAUCGACGACUCGGCCGCCUUUAUUAUCAUAGUUUCCCCAAACUACGCGUCGUCCCACUGGUGUCUUGAGGAAAUGGCGAGGAUCUGCGAAUUGGGGAGGCUGAUUCUCCCUGUGUUCUACCGAGUAGAUCCCUCCGAUGUUCAGCGACAGAUGGGGCCUUUUGAACAGGAUUUCGAGAAGCAUUCUUCGAGGUUCGGGGAGGUACAAGUAGAAAAAUGGAGGAAAGCAAUGGAGAAAGUUGGAGGUAUAGCUGGUUGGGUUUUUAACAAGAGUGACGAUAAGGAACUUGUUGAAUCUUUAGCUAAACGGGUUGUGCAUGAAUUGAGCAACAAUGUUGUGGCUACAUAUAGUGUUGGAAUUGAUUCUCGUGCAGAAGAACUGAUAAAGUUGUUGAAUGCCAAAGCCACUGGCAUUCAAAUUCUAGGACUUCAUGGAAUUGGUGGUGUUGGUAAGACUACACUUGCCAAGGCUCUUUAUAAUAGGCUUGUUGGAAAAUUUGAAUACCGAAGUUUUAUUUCGGAUGUGAGUGAACAACAUCAAAUUAGUGGUUUAGAGUCACUUCAAAACAAACUUAUCAGCAAUCUUACCCGGGGUCAGUCUCCUCUCAUAAGUGAGGUUCAUACUGGCAUUAGUGCAAUCAAAGGUAUAGUUUAUGACAAACAGGUUCUCAUUGUUUUGGAUGAUGUUGAUAAGGUAACGCAACUUGAAGCAUUAGCUGGCAAGAGAGAAUGGUUUAAUGAAGGAAGUCGAAUAAUCAUUACUACCAGAGAUAGACAGAUUUUGCGUGAGAAUUAUGUAAAUUUGAUUUACGAGGUCAGGGAGUUGAAUUCCUCUCAGGCCUUACAACUUUUCAGUUACCAUGCACUACGAAGGGAGAAACCUACUUACAAUUUCUUUAAUCUCUCAGAACAAAUUGUUUCCCUUGCAGGAGGGCUACCAUUAGCUCUUGAAGUGAUUGGUUCAUUUUUGUCUGAUAAGAAGACCAUAAAAGAAUGGGAAGAUUCUCUGAAAAAGUUGAGGAAUAUCCGACCUGGUAAUCUUCAAGAUGUGUUAAAGUUUAGCUUUGAAGGGCUGGAUGAACAGGUCAAGUGUAUAUUCCUUGACAUAGCAUGUUUGUUUGUCAAAAUUGAUAUGAACAGGGAAGAUGUAGUGGAUAUAAUGAAGGGCUGUGGAUUUGAGGCUGAGAUAUCAAUUUCUGUACUCACAGCAAAAUCUCUCGUUAAGAUUGCUGAGGAUGAUUCUUUUUGGAUGCAUGAUCAACUCAGAGACAUGGGAAGACAAAUUGAUCGAGAACAAAAUCUUGUAGAUCCUGGUAUGCGCAGUCGAUUGUGGGAUCGUGAUGAAAUUUUGACUUUGUUAGAAAACAACAAGGGGACAAGAAGCAUACAGGGAAUUGUCUUAGACUUCAAGAAGAACUUUGUGAAGGAUCCAGGUGGGGUUACUAUUUCUUGGAAUAACCUUCUAAGAAGACCCAAUAUUGCCUCUGCAGUUACAUAUCUGAAGGAAGUAUUCAAGAAAUGUCAAGAUGAAGAAAAUGAAAAGCAGGUGGUACUUUACACCAAACCUUUCAGACCAAUGGUUAAUUUGCGACUACUGGAAAUCAAUCAAGUGAAAUUGGUUGGAAACUUUAAGUAUGUUCCUACAGAACUAAGGUGGCUGCAGUGGAAAGGAUGUCCUUUGAGAAAUCUUCCUUAUAACUUUCAUCCAAGGCAACUUACUGUCCUCGAUCUAUCAGAGAGCAAUAUCAAACGAGUUUGGGGUUGGAAUGCUAAGAAGGUGGCUGAAAACUUGAUGGUCUUGAAUUUAAAAGGUUGCCGCAAUCUUGAUUAUAUUGAUUUAUCCGGGCAUCAAAAUCUGGAAAAGCUUGUGCUUCAGCAAUGCAGUAAAAUAACUAAUCUUCACAAAUCAAUUGGUAGCCUGAGUACCUUGCUUUUCUUGAAUUUGAAAGACUGUAUAAAUCUUGUUGAUUUCCCAAGUGAUGUCUCUGGGCUGAAAAAUCUUGAGACGCUUAUCCUAUCUGGUUGCUCUGGAUUGAAAGAAUUACCCAAGACCAUGGGCCAUAUGAGAUCUUUGAAAGAACUUCUUCUUGACAAGACUGCCAUAGCAACCCUACCUGAAUCUAUCUUCCGUCUUACAAAUCUUGAGAAGCUUAACCUAAAUGGCUGCCGAUUUUUGAAACGAUUUCCUAAUUGUAUCGGAGCGCUUGUUUCUCUUAGGGAACUCACACUUAGUGACACUGCACUAGAAGAACUACCGCAUUCUGUCGGAGAUUUGGUGAAUCUGGAGAAACUAAACUUGAUGCAGUGCAAAUCACUUGCUGAAGUUCCUGAUAACAUUGGUAAUCUCAAAUCAUUGACAGAAUUCUUAAUUGAUGCCAGUGCAAUCAGAGAGCUUCCUAGUUCAAUUGGUUCCCUGUCGUUUUUGAAGAUCUUAUCAGCUGAAAAUUGUGAAUUUUUAAGCAGAUUGCCUGAUUCGAUAGAAGGGUUAGCCUCAACUGUUGAGCUUCAGUUUGGCGGGCCAUUGAUAGCAGCUCUACCAGAAAACAUGGGCUCUUUAAAAACACUUAGGAAGAUUGAAAUGAGGAAUUGUACAUUGCUUAGGUCUUUACCAGCAACAAUUGGAGGCAUUUUAACUCUUACGACUUUGACCAUAGACAAUGUAAGCAUCAUGGAGUUGCCAGAGUCCAUUGGUUUGCUGGAAAAUCUUGUCAUAUUGCAAUUGAACAAGUGCAAAAUGCUCAAUAAACUCCCAUCUUCAAUGGGAAAUUUGAAGUCCUUGCACCAUUUUGGGAUGGACGAAACUGCUGUGAUAGAAAUACCAGAAAGCCUUGGUAUGCUCUCUAGAUUAAUGGUCUUGAGAAUGACAAAAAGGCCUUUGUUUCGAUUACCGAACAACAGUGAGCCAGCGGACAGUGAUACAGUGGAGAGGCCUACGCUUGUUCCACUGCCAACUUCUUUGUCAAAUCUCUCCUUGUUGGAAGAACUGGAUGCUCAUGCUUUUGGAAUAUCAGGUAGAAUUCCUGAUGAGUUUGAGAAGUUGUCAUCAUUAGAGAUCUUGAAUCUUGGCAACAAUGAUUUUUGCAGCCUGCCUUGUAGCCUGAGGGGCCUCUCCCUCCUUAAAAAGCUAUACUUGCCCUAUUGUGAAAAUCUCAAGUCCCUGCCUCCAAUUCCAUCUAGUUUACUGGAGUUGAAUCUUGCUAAUUGUUUUGCCUUAGAAAGCGUAUCUGAUCUCUCAAACUUGGAGAACUUGCAUGAUCUGAAUCUGACAAACUGUGAGAAAGUGGUGGACAUUCCAGGCCUAGAAUGCCUGAAGUCCUUGGAAAGAUUGUAUUUGAGUGGCUGCAAGGCAUGCUUUUCGGCAGUUAAAAGAAGACUUUCCAAGGUCUGUUUGAAGGACAUUCACAACCUAAGCAUGCCGGGAAGCAAAAUUCCAGAUUGGUUUUCGCAAGGACGUCUGAGGUUUUCCCAGCACAAAGACCUUGAAGUCAAGAGUGUGAUAAUAGGUGUUGUCGUCUCUCUCGACCAUCAGAUAACAGAUGAGUUGAGAAAUAAACUUCCAGCAGUAAUGGACAUUCAAGCAAAUAUUCUUAAACUUGGUGAGCCCGUAUACACCUUCACACUACAGUUGAUGGGAGUGCCAAGAACACAUGAUGAUCAGGUUCACUUUUAUCGAUAUCCACAUUUUCAUCAACUUGAUUCUCAGUUGAAUGACGACUACGAGAUUGAGGUGACAAAGAGAGACCCUCAAGAGGUUAAGGGGGUUGAGCUUAAGAUGUCUGGUGCUCACCUGGUAUUUGAAAAUGAUGAUGACUGUGAUGGGAAUGAGGAACUACUCGAUGAAAGUCAAAAUCCAGUAUAUCCAGUAUCAGAGAGGCUUGCAAAUUUUUUCAGCUCUAUACAUGAACAAGAUGAUUAGAGAAAGAGUAAGGAACUGCAGUGACUGGGAAAUACUUGCUUCAAGAGACAGAAGAUUUGUCUUUUUAAUUAUUAUAAAAACAAUCUUACAUAUAAAUAAGUAGUUCUGUUCUGUUCAACUAAGAACUAAUGUGAAGUUCCAAAAAAACCUAGCCGCGCUUUCUGACACAAAAAAAAAAUUCCCUAAGUGGAGGAGGAAGAUGUCGAGCCUCUCGUCUCUCUUCUCCUACCCAGUAGUAGUAGAUCUACCAUAAAUAUUUGGUGUGUUUCGGCGGUAUAUUUGGUGCACAGUGAUACAAUUCUUAAAUUUUGUGGAAAUUGUUCUCUCGAUGAAGAGGAACACAAUAUUUUUGAUGCAGAAAUAUUGUGUUUUGUCUUUUUUUGUUUGUUUGUUUAGUUUGCUCAGAUAUAUUUUGGUGUAGUUUGUUUUAGUCCGGUGGAGUCUGGUGUUUGUAAUGUACUUGCGUGAUCUGGUGUUGUAUUGUGUUUGUAAAUUCCUAGGCAGCUUUUGUGGCGUUAAGGUUGAA